AAUAAAGAAAUUUUUAUAUUAUAAGUAACACCCAAAUUACGGACUUCAGAACACACACACACACGCAGUUCCAAUCGCUGAUUUCACAUUCUUCUUCACAAAUUCAGAUCUCUCUCUGAUAUUCUAAGCCGCCAUCUAAGACUUUUCAAGCUGGCGAGUUGCUUGUGUUGUUCUUCAGAUAUCUUCUCCCUCUGCAACUAACAUACAAUAUGGCAAAAAUUCCCAUCUUUUUUAUGGGGUUUUUCCUUUUUUUCUUGACCGAAGUUUGGGCAAAACCUCAGUAUUUGAGAUAUAAAGACCCAAAACAACCGUUGAAUGUUCGAAUCAAUGACCUACUCGAUCGGAUGACCCUAGAAGAAAAAAUAGGACAAAUGGUACAAAUUGAUCGAACGGUUGCAUCGAAGGAGGUCAUGAAGCAGUAUUUAAUUGGGAGUGUAUUAAGUGGUGGAGGAAGUGUUCCAUCAAAAGAGGCUUCUCCUAAAGUUUGGAUCGACAUGGUCAAUGAAUUUCAAGAAGGUUCUUUGUCGACUAGACUUGGCAUUCCAAUGAUUUAUGGAAUUGAUGCAGUGCAUGGUCACAACAAUGUUUAUAAAGCUACCAUUUUUCCUCAUAAUGUGGGGCUUGGAGCUACAAGGGAUCCCAACCUUGCUAAGAGGAUCGGAACAGCUACUGCACUUGAAGUUCGAGCUACUGGCAUUUCUUAUGUAUUCGCACCUUGUAUUGCGGUCUGUAGAGAUCCACAUUGGGGUAGAUGUUAUGAAAGUUAUAGCGAAGACCCUAAGGUUGUUCAAGAAAUGACUGAUAUUAUAUCAGGUUUACAAGGAGAGAUUCCAGCUAACUCCCGCAAAGGUGUUCCUUAUGUUGCCGGGAGAGAAAAAGUAGCAGCUUGUGCAAAACAUUUUGUAGGUGAUGGUGGAACAACCAAAGGUAUCAAUGAAAACAACACAGUUGCAAGUAGACAUGGAUUGCUCAGCAUUCAUAUGCCAGGUUACUAUAACGCAGUCAUCAAAGGUGUAUCAACUGUUAUGAUCUCGUAUUCUAGUUGGAACGGAAAGAAGAUGCAUGAAAAUCGAGAUCUUAUUACUGGCUUUCUUAAAAACACUCUACGAUUUAGGGGUUUUGUCAUCUCAGAUUGGCAAGGUAUUGAUAGGAUUACCUCUCCACCUCAUGCUAAUUAUACAUAUUCCCUUAUAGCAGGCAUUAGCGCUGGCAUUGACAUGAUAAUGGUUCCAUACAAUUACACAGAGUUUAUUGAUGGGCUUACCUACUUGGUAAAAAGCAAUAUAAUUCCUAUUAGUCGAAUUGAUGAUGCAGUGAAGAGAAUACUACGAGUCAAAUUCGUCAUGGGUUUAUUUGAGAAUCCGUUAGCUGAUUCAAGCUUUGUCAAUGAACUUGGUAAAAAGGAGCAUAGAGACUUGGCUAGAGAAGCUGUAAGGAAAUCACUAGUGUUGUUAAAGAAUGGAGAAUCUGCUGAUAAACCUAUAUUACCUCUUUCAAAGAAAGUUCCAAAAAUACUUGUUGCCGGUAGCCAUGCGAACAACCUUGGUUUUCAAUGUGGUGGUUGGACCAUUGAGUGGCAGGGUCUCGGUGGUAACAACCUUACUAGUGGUACAACAAUACUUUCAGCAAUUAAAGAUACAGUUGACCCUAAAACAAAAGUUGUCUUUGAAGAGAAUCCAAAUGAAGAAUUUGUCAAGUCAAACAAAUUUUCUUAUGCCAUUGUUGUAGUAGGAGAGCAUCCAUAUGCAGAAACUUUUGGUGACAGCUUAAAUUUAACCAUUCCUGAUCCUGGUCCAAGCACCAUCACAAAUGUGUGCGGAGCUGUCAAAUGUGUUGUUAUAGUAAUCUCGGGGCGACCUGUACUUUUACAACCUUACAUCACUUUAAUAGAUGCACUUGUUGCUGCUUGGCUUCCAGGAACUGAAGGCAAAGGUAUUACCGACGUAUUAUUUGGCGAUUAUGGCUUUACCGGCAAGCUGUCACGGACAUGGUUCAAGACAGUUGAUCAACUACCAAUGAAUGUUGGAGAUUCACAUUAUGAUCCUCUAUUCCCAUUUGGAUUUGGUCUCACUACCAAUCCCAUUAAAGCUAAUUAGACGUUGUUUUUGCUUACUAUGUUGAGGGAUAUGCAAAACUAGUCAAGAGAUUAUUAUGGCACAAGUAUUGAAUAAAAGAUAUUAUGCAUAUAAUUUGACUAA